AUGAUGACAUUCAUAAUAGCUCUUACUGUGGUCGCUGUUCUAGCUGCCGAUGAUUCUUCGUCAGUAGAAGAUUGUCUGGACUCGAAUAAUGUUGCUGAUUUUCCAGCUACAGCUAAGCUCGUACAAUGUAGCAAACAAGGAUCUGCUUCAGUCAUCACUAAAUGUGUAAUACAACUAUUAGACAGCAUUCCAGCAGAUCAAUACGACAGGGAAAGCAAUGAAUCGAAUGUGGUCGAAGCCGCCCUUUGUAUCUCGAAGCUUUAA